UCUUAAACGCGUGACCGGCGCUCAGCAGCCUCUUGCGUGCGCGCUCCCGCCUCGCUCCCAGUGUCACCUUGUCCCGAACAGAACAGGCCCGAAUUGAAUCGUUUACAAUGGCCGCAGCCACCGGGAACAAACCGAAAACGUCCCCCAAAGCCGUCAAGUUCCUCUUCGGGGGCCUGGCCGGGAUGGGAGCCACGGUGUUUGUGCAGCCGCUGGAUCUGGUGAAGAACCGCAUGCAGCUCAGCGGAGAGGGCUCCAAGACCCGGGAGUACAAGACCAGCUUCCACGCCCUGAGCAGCAUCCUGAGGAACGAGGGCCUGAGGGGCAUCUACACAGGGCUGUCUGCUGGUCUACUGCGCCAGGCUACCUACACCACCACGCGGCUGGGCAUCUACACCAUCCUGUUUGAGAAGAUGACGGGCGUUGACGGCACGCCCCCCUCCUUCCUCAUGAAGGCGCUCAUCGGCAUGACCGCCGGAGCAACAGGGGCCUUCGUGGGGACCCCGGCUGAAGUGGCCCUCAUACGCAUGACCGCCGAUGGCAGGCAGCCCCCUGCCCAGAGGAGGGGCUACACCAACGUGUUCAAUGCCCUGCUGAGGAUCACCAGAGAGGAGGGGGUCACUACGCUGUGGAGGGGCUGCAUUCCCACAAUGGCUCGUGCUGUGGUCGUGAACGCGGCUCAGCUCGCCUCCUACUCCCAGUCCAAACAGGCCCUGCUGGACACAGGGUAUUUCUCAGACAAUAUCUUCUUGCAUUUCUGUGCCAGUAUGAUCAGUGGACUGGUCACCACAGCUGCCUCCAUGCCAGUGGACAUCGUUAAAACAAGAAUUCAGAACAUGAGAAUGAUUGACGGGAAACCAGAGUACAGGAAUGGACUGGAAGUCCUGGUCAAGGUCGUUCGCUCGGAAGGGUUUUUCAGCCUGUGGAAAGGGUUCACUCCUUACUACGCCCGGCUGGGUCCCCACACGGUCCUCACCUUCAUCUUCCUGGAACAGAUGAACAAAUACUACAAGAUCUACUUCCUAGCGUCGUAGAGGGACCCCCAGGAGCCCCGGGCCCCCAGCACCCAGCCCCCUUCCUGUGAAACUGCAGUCUCUAAAAAAAACAACAACAGGGCCCCAGAGCUGCACCUACCGAUCAUUCGGAUCAACAGGGAUGGGAAUAAGACUCCUGUUGCACAGCAGUUUCACCUGCUCCAGGUUUUACUACAGGCUUGAUUACCUGCCACAGUGUGUCUAGGUAACAAGCUCAGGCGUGUCUUAUUAUUAAACUCUUAGUAAAACCAGGAAUGGAUCAAACUGCUGCGUUGCCAUAUCCCUGUCCUUUUUGUAAUAUUUCGUUUGACUUGCCCAGAGUUUUUCAGCCUGGGUGCAGCAGCACCAGGGCUAGAGUUUGUAACCCUGCUCAAACUCCUGGCUCCUGAUCAUUUCAAUAUUAAUAAUAAUAACAGACUUCAUUGAAGGGAGCUCUGAACCCCAGGACUGGGUGCAGCAGCAGCAGCAGGGCUAGUGUGAGUUUGUAACCCUGCUCAAACUCCUGGCUCCUGAUCAUUUCAAUAUUAAUAAUAACAGACUUCAUUGAGGGGAGCUCUGAACCCCAGGACUGGCUGCAGCAGCAGCAGCAGCAGGGCUAGUGUGAGUUUGUAACCCUGCUCAAACUCCUGGCUCCUGAUCAUUUCAAUAUUAAUAAUAAUAACAGACUUCAUUGAGGGGAGUUCUGAACCCCAGGACUGGGUGCAGCAGCAGCAGCAGCAGGGCUAGUGUGAGUUUGUAACCCUGCUCAAACUCCUGGCUCCUGAUCAUUUCAAUAUUAAUAAUAAUAACAGACUUCAUUGAGGGACAUUCUGAAGACCCUUACAGAAGGGUUAUAGGCACAGUGUCUUUGAUCUCCCAAUACCCUGAUGAACCACAGCAGGGUUUUAUCGGAGCUGUUUACAGCGCUGCUGAGAAUCGCCCUGAAUUGCAUGGUUAUCCCGGGAUCAUGAGUAAAUGGUUGGUGCAAUCUAGGUGCUGCAAUAUGCUCUAAAAACUACCGGGUGUAAUUUGAUCAAAAAGCGAUCAUGUUUGCGUUUUCAUCUCAACGGUUCAUAUAUAUGAACUGAUGCAUCUGAUCAGACCUCUUAAACUGCAAAACUUCUUAAACGGCGUUUCCGUGGCUUUUGUUUUUACCCUUAAUUAUUUAAAUGCAGAAGUUGCAUCAAACAUCAGAGUAUUAUUAAUAUUAUUAUAGGUUUUCUUUCCAGCUUUUUAACAUUAAAAUCAUUCUGGCUGAAUCGCAAGCUCUUCAGUCGUACUCUGCGCUUGUAAAAUCCUAGUUGCCAGCUCCAUUUGGGUACUUCCUGAUUCCGAAGCAGUCAUGUGACAUGGUGACCCCCGUCACACUUACUGUUGGGACCAGCAGAGUUGAAAGGUCACAGCAUGACAUGAGUUGGAAUCAGGGAAGUCAAAAAUAAAAAGGAUUCAAACUCAGUAGCUGAGGUCACCCCUCUGAACGCUUGAAAAACGGACAGAGGGGAAUAAACGCAAAGAAUUUGGAAAUAAAUUAAAAUCCAACAGAACGCAUCUGCGCUUGACAUAUACUGUACGUUAACUAGUGUUCUUGGCUUAAAUUUAACAGAUUGUGAUGUGAAAUUAAAUUAUAUUGAAUUAUGUAUAAUUAAACAACGUGUAUGUAUAUAGAUAGAUAGAUAGAUAGAUUUUACUUCUCUAGUCCCCAGUUGGGUUAAACCUGUAUUAAAGGUUUUAUUUUUUUUUCGGA